AUUAAAUUUCCAUAAUAACACUGGGCCUCUCCUCCUCCAUAGCUAAAGCUUAUCACACCUUUUUCAGCAUCAAUUUUCAAUAGAGCUUUGGUGACUGCGUGUGAGUGAGCGGUGACUGUGUUUCUUUUGUCAGUUUCAAACCGCUACAAAAGAUUCAUAACUAAAGGAUGACAAAACUCACCGACCUUAUAGGCAUACUCAAAGACAAAGCGUCGCAGAGCAAGGCCGCGUUACUCUCCAAACGCGCCACCCUCUCUCUCUUACGCGCCACUAGCCACGACUCCUUCACUCCUCCCACUCCAAAGCAGCUCUCCACCCUCCUCACCUACGGAAACGGCUCACGCGCCAUCGCAUCCGCCGCCGUGGAAGUCCUCAUGGACCGCCUCCAGGGAACAAACAGCUCCGCCGUCGCCCUCAAGUGCCUCAUCGCCGUCCACCACAUCAUCACCCACGGCAGCUUCAUCCUCCAGGACCAGCUCUCUGUUUACCCCUCCGCCGGCGGUAGAAACUACCUCAACCUCUCCAACUUCCGGCGCAACACCGAUCCCACCUCAUGGGAGCUCUCUUCCUGGGUGCGGUGGUUCGCGCAACACAUCGAACAGCUUCUCUGCACCUCCAGGAUCAUCGGAUUCUUCCUCGGAAACGCUGAUUCCGAUAGCGACAGCGGCGAGAGAGUGUCGGGUCUGACAAACUCCGAUUUGUUGGCGGAGCUUGAUUCUUUGGUGGCGGUGGUUGAGGGGAUUUGCAAGAGACCGAACGCUGGUUCCAGCAGAGGGAACAAAUUGGUGGAUGAGAUUGUGAAGCUGGUGCGUGGGGAUUGGGUGGUGAUUCAAACCGAGGUGUGUGUUCGGAUUCGUGAGUUCGGGGAGAGAUUGGGGUUGUUUGAGUUUGGGGAGGCGGUGGAAUUGGGUUGUUGUUUGAAGAGAUUGGCGGAGUGCAGGGAGAAGGUGACGGCGUUGGAGGCGGCGGAGGCAGAGAGGUUGUGGGAUUUAGCGACGGAGUUAAGGGGGAGAAUUGCGGUGGCGGUGUUCAAGGAAGGGGGUAAGGUGGUGAAGGAGGGAAGAAAAUGCAGAGUCAGUGAGUCAGAUCGGUUUUCUCGUGGAGUUCUCAAUUCCCAUGAUGGACUCAGGUUUCCCUCUGAAAGGUUUUUGUGAGCAUUUGUGUAUUGUAAUUGUGAAUACUACAACAAAGCCAUUUUUCACACAUUUCUUGUGAUAGAUAUACACACUUGUAUGCAAUGGGGAAAGUUUUUGUUUGUGUA